GUGCGGUGGGCGGGGCGUCCGUCGAAGGGGCGUGGCGCGGCGCCGCGUGCGGGUGAAGGCCCCCCACACAAGUUUCUCACCAGGCCCCGACAUGCCUGUCCUUUUGAGGCAAAAACUUCAAUGGGAUCCUUCCUCUCCCUAAAGCCUCGUGGCGGGGCAGCUGGUUCACCCAUUCAAACGGAAGGAUGAGAUCAGUUCAUAGGAACAUGAUGUGAAUGGAAGCAGCCUGUCAUUAUGCAAAUAGUACGACACUCUGAACAGACACUAAAAACAGUUCUCAUCUCAAAGAACCCAGCGCUGGUGGCACAGUACGAGAAGUUAGAUGCUGGGGAACGGCGUUUGAUGAACGAAGCCUUCCUGCCAAACAGUGAUCUCUUUGGACCCAUUACUUUGCAUUCGAAGUCAGAUUGGAUAAACUCCCACCCUGAGGCUCCCCAGGACUUUGAAGAGUUUUUCAAUGAUCCUUACAGAAAGACACCCUCUGCAGAGAAGCACAGUAUUUAUAUACAGUGCAUUGGAUCUCUUGGAAACACAAGGAGUGUCAGUGAAGAAUACGUUAAAUGGCUCAAAGGCUACUGUGAAGCAUUUUUCUACGGCUUGACAGUGAAACUCCUAGAACCAGUUCCUGUCUCUGCCACCAAGUGUUCAUUUAGAAUCAACGAUGACACACAAAACCUACAGAUUCAUGCAGGGCAGAUCCUGAAGUUCUUAAAAAAGAGGAAACCUGAAGAUGCCUUUUGUGUUGUGGGAAUAACAAUGAUUGAUCUCUAUCCAAGAGACUCCUGGAAUUUUGUCUUCGGACAGGCCUCUUUGACAGAUGGUGUGGGGAUAUUCAGCUUUGCCAGGUAUGGCCGUGAUUUCUAUAGCUCCCACUAUGAAGGCAAGGUGAAGAAGCUGCAGAAGAAAUCCUCGAGUGACUAUUCAGUUUUUGACAACUAUUACAUUCCUGAAGUCACUAGUGUUUUGCUGCUUCGGUCCUGUAAGACUCUAACCCACGAGAUUGGGCACAUCUUCGGACUUCGGCACUGCCAGUGGCUUGCCUGCCUCAUGCAAGGUUCCAACCACUUGGAAGAAGCUGACCGGCGCCCCCUCAACCUUUGCCCUGUCUGUUUACGCAAGCUGCAGAGUGCUAUUGGCUUCAGCCUUAAAGAAAGAUACCGAGCGCUGGUGAGGUGGAUUGACGAUGAAUCCACCGACACACCUAGAGUUACUCCGAGACACAGUCGCGAGGAUAACGUGAAUCUGCCCAAACCUGUGGAAGCCUUUAAGGAGUGGAAAGAGUGGCUAACCCAGUGCCUUGCUCUUCUCCACACAUAAGCACCCUCUCAUAGGAGUAAUUAAAAGAAAUAGCUGCACGGUACUCUUGCAUUUGGGCGGCGUAGUUCAUUGGAAUAAACUGUUGAGUCUGA